CUUUACACGUUCAAUUGUAAAUGUAAAGUGUAUUUAUACACGUUGAGAUGAAUGAUACGAGUACGUUGAAUUCCAAUCAUCUAAUUUGGUAUCAGACGCUCACUCUCUUCUUCCUCCUAUGGCUUCCGCAAAAUCCCCAUCAUUUCACCCAACUCUUGCUCUCACCAACAUAAAAAGUUUUAUUCCAAUUACCCCCGAUCUCGAGAAUGUGGAAUACUCCUCCUAGACCGAACUUUUUAAGAUCACAACCCGUGCCUACCAGGUUGAAGAUCACAUCUUUCCCGUUGAAACGGAUACCUCGAUCGCUUCCACUUCCACCAACCCACCUCCAGAACAAACUCCAGAGCAAGUUCUUGCCGCCGCCGCCGCAACAGCCGAAUCUGAGGCUCUUUGGAAACGACUCGAUGCCAUGGUGUUACAAUGGAUUUAUGGGACUAUAUCCCAUGAUCUUUUGCACACUAUUCUCGAGCCGGACUCUACUGCCAAAGCCGCAUGGGAUCGCUUGGCCGAUCUUUUCCUUGACAACAAAAAUACUCGGGCGCUGCAUCUCGAAACCGAAUUUUCCAAUACCCGAUUGGAGAGCUUCCCUAACAUUGCUUCCUAUUGCAAUGCUCUCAAAACUCUGGCCACGAAAUUGUCCAACGUCGAUUCUCCCGUCAACAAUCAACGCUUGGUGUUGCGUAUUGUGAAUGGUCUCCCUCCGGCCUAUGACUCAGUUGCAUCUCUCAUUCAACAAACUGUCCCUCUUCCUCCAUAUUCCCAGGCCCGAUCGAUGCUCCUUCUGGAAGAAACCAGGAAGGCUCAACAAAACAACUCCUCACCCACUGCCUUGGUUCAUACCGGUGCUCCAGUUGUUGUGCCACAGCCGAAUGUUCAACCUGGCCGCCCUCAAAACCACGGCAGGGGGCGUGGCUCUUCACGUGGUGGUCGCAACCGUCCCUCCGGUUCUCCGGCGACACCCCAAACUGCCAACCCGUGGCAAAUGCCGCCGUGGGGUUACUGGCGGCCACCAUGGAGCAUUCCGCCGUGCCCCUACCCAUCCACUGCAUGGCCCAGAAACCAAAGCUCUCGGCCUCCCUUCCCCGCUGCCGGCAUACUUGGUCCACGGCCUCAACAAGCACACAUUGCCUCCCCGUCUCCUACGGAUAUCACCAAUGCCAUGGCCACCAUGUCCCUCACUCACCCGGAUGAAAAUUGGUACCUUGACACGGGGGCCACAUCGCAUAUGACGUCCAAUGAACUCCGCACUGGAAUGCCUCUUAUGAGAUGUGAUAGUUCGGGUGAUCUUUAUCCUCUUCAGCCAUUUUUUUGUCUGUGAAAACAGUGUUCACAGACGAAACGUGUUGUCACAGACAAAAAAUGCAUGUACAGACGAGUGUACAACUAUGUAGCACCGAUACCGGUACGCGGAAACGCGGAAACGCGGAAACGGGUACGGGGAUACGUCAAAACAAAAAAAAGUAGGAUACGGAUACGGGGCCAUAUUUAUAAAUAUUAAAAGUUAUGGGGUGUAUCUACAAAUAUUAAAAGUUAUAGGGGUCUAUUUAUAAAUAUUAAAAAUAGUUUUUUUUUGAAAAAAUAUAUAUACAUAUAAUAUCCUUAUGAUGUCUACCUAUUCAUUGCAUUGAAGCAUUUUCUUUUUUCAAGAUACUUAGUAAUAAAUUCAUAAUAUAUUUCUCAUAUACACUAGUGCAUCUCGAAAUAUAAAUGUAGUCAAUAAGUCAUUAAUUUAAAAUGAGAAAUAAGUCAAACAACUACAAUCUUGAAAUUAAAAGUGCAAGUACCCAAUUCGGAGUAUGAGUUAAUGACUUAAUUCGGAUAUAGCCAUAUAGGCCCAUUAUUUGAUUACCAAGUAAAAUGUAGUUUUAGAUUUUCAAUUUUUUUAGAGUUAUUAGUCCUAAAUAGGACUAAAUUAUGAUCAAAGUUCCUAAAUAGGACUAAAUAGGACUUCUUAUUUCGAAUUUACCCUGCUAUAAUAAAAGCCCUAAAUCUGCCCAUCUUCGACAUCUUCUUUUGCGAUGCGAUCGAUGCAGAAAACUCAUCUCCCAUGGAGGUCUUCUUCUGCGUACUCUGUACUCCGGCCAGCGCAAACAGGGGUCACCCAAACAGCUCCUUCGUUGUUGCGCUCCGCUUCGGACAUGGGCGCAUAGUUAGGGCGGGGAGCCGAGGUCGAUUGUUCGUUGCUCAUCUAAAAUAUAUUAAUUUAUUUUGUUUUUUGUUAGAACGCUUAUAAUAGAAGAUCAAAUUUUUAUGUAAGUAUUAUCAAUUGUCAAUGUAUAUAACAUAUUAAACUGGGUAUAAGUUUAAUAUCAGGGUCCAAUAAUUGCUAAUAAACAAAUA